AUGCUAACCAGAUCACUACAAUACACUCAAAAGAGACUUGCAUCUACUGGCACUCUUUUGAAGACCCCAUUAUACGAGGCACAUGUCAAACUCGGGGGAAAGAUGGUUCCCUAUGCUGGGUUUGAAAUGCCAGUAUUGUACGAAUCUCAGUCACACAUAGACUCGCAUAAUUGGGUUAGAUCCAAAGCAGGAUUGUUUGAUGUCAGUCACAUGUUGCAGCACAAUAUAAGUGGUUCCGAUGCACAAUCAUUCUUAGAGAAAGUAACGCCAAUCGACUUGAACUUGAUCCCUGAGAAUAGUUCCAGUUUAUCGGUUUUAUUGAACCAGGAGGGUGGAGUGAUUGACGAUUGUAUCAUAACCAAACACGAAAAGGACAAGUACUAUAUGGUGACAAAUGCAGGGUGUAGGGAAAAAGAUGUCCAAUUUCUCAAAGAUGAAUUGAAAGCAUUUGAUGACGUCCAACACAAUACAUUUGAAGGAACUUUAUUAGCCAUUCAGGGCCCAAAAGCGCAAGAGCUUUUACAGAAAUUUACCAAUGAAGAUUUGAGCAAGAUUUAUUUUGGCCAGACAAAGUUUAUUAAAUUGGCCCCUAUAUCAGCUACGGUGCACCUUGCAAGGUCAGGUUACACCGGAGAGGAUGGGUUUGAGUUGUCGAUCCCAUCAGCAACCCCCGACGAAGCAGCUGAAGCUUUGGGAUUUUUCAACACUUUGGUGAACGAGUACCCCGAUGUUGCUAAGCCGAUUGGAUUGGCAGCAAGAGACUCGUUGAGGUUGGAGGCAGGUAUGUGUUUGUAUGGACAUGAAUUGACAGAAGGCAUAACUCCAGUUGAAGCAUCAUUGACCUGGUUGAUUCCAAAAACUCGUCGUGCAUUGACUGAUUCAAGCUUUAAUGGUGCAGCUAAAAUCUUGAGUCAAAUCAAGGACAAGUCAACCACACAUAGAAGAAUAGGGUUGACUUCAAAAGGACCAUCCCCUAGAGAAGGGAAUAAAAUUUACAGCGAAGAUGGCAAAACCGAAAUCGGAUACAUCACUUCAGGCUCACCUUCUCCUACAAAUGGGGGCAACGUUGCUCAAGCCUAUAUCGACAAGAAAGCCAAGAUUGGAUCCCCAGUCAAGAUAGAAAUCAGAGGAAAGUUGAGGGACGGGGUGGUGACAAAGUUGCCAUUUGUUCCAAGUAGAUUGUAUAAACAGUAA